AUGCUCUACUCUGUUGAUUUAUUUGUAUUAUUCUUAACUUCUUUUUACAUUUUAUUUAUUAACCAAAUUAAUUUAUCAACAGCAUUUUCUGAUAAAAGUAUUUGUGGAUUGGCAAAAGAUAGAGGAAAUAGUGAAUGUGGAGCUAUUUCUGAAAAAAGAUUUUAUUUCGAUUUAAUUACAAAAAGAUGUCAACCUUUCCUUUAUCAAGGAUGUGGAGGAAAUGGAAAUAAAUUUAAUUCUUUAACUGAUUGUCGGGCUCUUUGUUCUGAUUAUGAGCCAACAGUUGAAAGUUCUCACGAGGGAGGAGGACACGGAAUGGCCUUACCUGUCCCUAAAUGUGAGGGGAAUGUUAGAGCAGCAGUUGAUUCUGAAGCGAGGGUAAUUAAAUGCCCUUCAGAUCAGUGUCCGGAUAAUUAUGAAUGUAGUGAAAGUAAAUGCUGUCCGGCAAAUAAAAGUUUAAAAAAUGAGACAUUUAAAAUAAAAUAA